CAGAAUCCCUGCUUUAAAACUUUCUACAAAAAAUUAGUUUCCUACUCCCUCAAGAAACCCAUGGCAACGGAGUCAGUCUCUCGGUCUCCCGACUCCAUCAAGCCAUGGCUAAGCCUAAAAGGCAAAGUUGUGCUUAUCACCGGCGCUUCCUCCGGCAUUGGUCGCGAGGUUUGUCUUGAUCUCGCCAAAGCAGGCUGCGUCGUUAUUGCCGCCGCACGAAGAGUUGACCGCCUCAAAUCUCUCUGCGACGAGAUCAACGGAUGGGGAUCCUCGGUCUCCGUUUCCUCACCGUCGAUCAGAGCCGUGGCCGUGGAGCUGGAUGUGAGCGGAAAGGGGGCGGAGAUUGAGGCGGGUGUGCAGAGGGCGUGGAAUGCGUUUGGAAGGAUUGAUGCGCUGCUGAAUAACGCUGGGGUUAGAGGUAGUGUCAAUUCUCCACUAGAUUGGACUGAAGAUGAAUGGCAUAGCAAUUUGUCAACUAAUUUAACUGGCUCAUGGCUAGUUUCUAAAUAUGUCUGCAAACUUAUGCGAGAUGCUAAAGUUAAGGGAUCUGUGAUCAGUAUAUCGUCCAUUGCUGGACUUGAUCGUGGACAAUUACCUGGAGGCUUGGGUUAUUCUGCUUCGAAAACAGGUCUUAAUGCCAUUACCAAGGUGAUGGCAUUGGAACUCGGGGCGUUUGGUAUACGAGUGAAUUCUAUAGCACCUGGGUUGUUUAAAUCUGAGAUAACUGCAGGACUGAUGCAAAAAGACUGGCUCCAGAGCGUAAUGAAGAAGACGGUACCUUUGAAAAUCUAUGGAACGGUAGAUCCUGCACUAACAUCGCUUGUGCGAUAUUUGAUCCAUGACUCCUCGGAGUAUGUAACUGGCAACAUCUUCAUAGUCGAUGCUGGUGUCACCCUCCCAGGCUUUCCCAUCUUCUCCUCUCUUUGAGCUUGUCUUCCAUAGCUUUGUGAAUUUGUUUCUAGAGAUGGAACUGCAGUUUUCUCUAUUAAUCAAGUUGAGUAAUUUUUUUUUUUUUUUUUUAAGAUUUGGAGUUCUAUUUGA